AGUUGAUAAGCAAUAGACCCAUUACUAUUUUAUUAUUUGGUGUUAAUAAAAAAUAAAAUAAAUAUGUCUAAAAUUUUAUUAAUUUUUGCUUUUUCUGCAUUACUCAGUUGUGUUAUGGGUCAAAAUUUUGAAGAUCCAUACUAUAAAUUAAGAAUUAAAGAGCAACGGGAGAGAAUUACAAAUAUGCUUAAUGAAUUAGCUGAAUCUACAACAAAAUCAGUAGAGACGACAACAGAAAAAAUGGAAACGACAACAGAAACCAUGGAAACGACAACAGAAACAAUGGAAACGACAAAAAAACCAAAGGAAUCGACAACGAAAGCAGUGGAAGCGACAACAAAAUCAUACGAAUCAACGACGAAUUCUGAUAAUCUUAAAAAUUUAGAAGAUUCCUCCAGCACACCUAAAAAUUGUUUGGUCAAUAAAAUGCUUUGUUUCAUCAUUAAUGAUCAGUGUUGCCCUGGAACCACAUGCGUACCAAUAAUUUUGUCGUUUGCUGUCGGAACUUGUGUACAAAAAAUUUUAUAACAGACCAUUCUCCAAGCUGUGGCUGAUGCCAAGAAAAAAGUUCCCCUGAACUAUUGGGACUUGAUCAAAUUUUUGUAGAACCAACUUUAUUAAUUAAUUAGUCUUUUUCCAUAUACUAUAUAUAAGUUGAAAAAUACGAUUAAAAGUCUGUUGAGCCACGCCCACUGAUUUGUGCGUCUAUUGAAACUUAAUUGAACUGAUUACAUUUUAGGCUUGAGCUUAUAAGCGUUAAUAAAAAUCAAAAUAUUUACAUACAUCGAUUCUCUAACCUAACAUAUGAUAAUUAUAUUUUACUAAUGACGUCGUUAUAACUCGCGAAAUAGCUUCAGCGAAAUAUAUAUAAGAUAUAUUAUUCAA